CUCAAAACUCAAAAUGUGUAAAACUUAAUCUAAAUCCAACGACAUUCCAGUCUCUCGACUCUCUCUCUCUCAUUCUUCCACUCUUUCGCCGUUUGCUGAUUUUAGGUGUCGACUCAAUCAAAAUAGAACUACGCAGACCAAAGGUUAGAAACAAUGGCUGCCACAUUUUCCUAUUCCCAUUUUACCCUCCUCUCCUACCUCCUCCUCUUAUCUGCUUCCCAUUCCCCUGUUCUCUCCAUUGACAUCACCCCUCUUCUCUCCCCCUACCCUGACCUCGCCGACUUCUCCGACCUCAUCACCACCACCUCCGUCGCCGCAGAUCUCAUCGGCCGGAGCUCCAUCACUGUCCUCGCCCUGCCUAACGCCGUCCUCCGCCACUCCGAUCUGGCCCACUCCCACGUUUCCUCCGAAUUCUCCCCUCUCUAUACCGGCGACGUCAUUCGCUACCACAUCCUCCUCGAGUACCUCUCCUUGACGGACCUCCUCCGCGGCCCGCCCGGCGUGAGGACCGUAACCACUCUGUUUCAGGCCACCGGCCGGUCAACUGGGAAUUUCGGGUAUGUUAACUUCAAGCGCAAUUCCGGCUCUAAGACCGUCACCGUCGCAUCUCCGGCGGGCAACGCAACCGUGGUGUCUCAAAUCAAAUCUCUCCCGUACAAUAUCUCUAUAUUGACCGUGAAUUCGCUUCUCGUCCCUUACGGAUUCGAUCUGAAGGAUUUCGGCGCUCGGCCCUCGCCGGGGAUAAACAUCACCCAGGUCCUAAUUGACGCCGGUAACUUCAACGUCGUGGCGUGGAUGCUCAGCGCUUCCGGCGUCGAAGCGGAAUUCGAACGGAAAGAAGGCGGAGCCGGCAUCACAAUGCUCUUACCGACGGAUCAGGCAUUCUCAGAUCUGGCCGCAUCUUACCGACUGAAACUCCAAUCACUCUCGGCGGAGCAGAAAGCCGACGUCCUCCGAUUUCACAUUCUGCUCUCGUAUUACCCGCUAGGGUCGCUGGAGAGGGUCGUGAACCCGAUUGAGCCCACCAUGGCUACGGAUCUGAGAGGAGCCGGUAGAUUUACCCUGUACAUCUCCAAGGUCAACGGAUCUGUGUCGAUCGACACCGGAAUCGUGCAGACGUCGGUGAUCCGAACGGUGAUCGAACAGAACCCGGUCGCGAUCUUCGGAGUCUCUAAGGUAUUACUGCCGGUGGAAUUCUUCUCGAAGACGCCGAUUGAAGCUGACAAACCCGGCGCCGGUUUUUCAGGCACCGUCGUCCCGCCGCCGGAAGUUUCUCCACCGCCGAAAAAUGUUCCCGGAGUGUUCCUUUCACCAGAAAAAUUAUCAUCGCCGUCGGGACUCGCGCAGAACGCCUCGUCGGCGGCUAGCAAACGAGGAGUAGUAAAAUUACUGGGUCUGUGGUGUAUAGCGUUUCACCUACUGUUGUGUCGGUAAAAUUUUAUUACUGCGGUCUGGUAAGGUAAGGAGUGUAAUUAUUUCCAUUGACAUCGUAGCAGCUCUAGCCAAGUUACUGCAAUUCUCCUCUUGAGAAGAAAGAAAGAUUAAAGACAAAAAAUGUGGUUAUGCAUAGGGGUGGGCAUUCGGGUCUAGGAACCGUGAGUCGGAACCGAACCACCAGGUUCGGGCCGAGUUAGGUCUGGGU